UUCCCCGUAUAACUGGGAAUUCACCCUGAAGGUUAAAGCGGGCUGUCGCUCUCAGACUCCGAACAUCAAUUACUAAUUUCUGGAUUUAAAAAAAAAAAGAAAAAAUCACACGUCAGCAAUGAUGACAAAACUGCAGCACAGAUGGCGACUGUUAUUUCUGAUUCUUCAAGCUCUUUCCUGCUGCAGUGGUAUGCAGGUUUCCAUUAAAGAGAAAGGAUAUGAGGUCGCAAGAGAUGGAGAGAUAACUUUGACAUGUUCAUUCAGCCCCGCCAGACCAGUAACCAAUGCAUUAGUCCUGACGUGGGAAGCUUCCCCGGAUGAACCCGGGAAACCAAUGAAAGCGGUGGCGACCUACUUCAUAAACAAUCCAAUUGACAUAUCGCCUGCCUAUGAAGGCCGGGCCUUCGUGGAGGUUGACGUUAACAGUAAAGUGAGCACACUACGCUUAACAAAGGUGACCAUGAAGGACAACCGUGAUUUCCAAUGCAGCGUCAAGGUCCCCAAUGAUGAUGAGGGAGUAACAGCUGCCACCACUUCCCUUUUGGUCCUGGUGCGUCCCUCUCCACCAAUCUGCAAGAUUCAGGGAACAGCAGAGUACUUUCAUGACAUCAGCCUCACUUGCAUGUCUGAGGAAGGAUCCCCACUACCGUCCUAUAAAUGGAUGAGCUACACUGUUCAAAACGUUUCCAGACCCUUUCCACUUAAGACAACAGAGGAGGAUGGAGUUCUAUCUCUAUUCAAUGUCUCACAAGAAACGUCUGGGUUCUACAUGUGCUCGUCAACAAAUCGAAUUGGAACUGCCAAAUGCGAACUCACUUUAGCUGUGAUGCCUGGCAGCAUGAACGUUGGAUCCACUGCAGCUAUAAUUGGAGGAGUGAUCGCAGGUCUUUUGGUCCUGGCGAUUGUUGUUUUCUGUUGCUGCCGGAGAAAGGGCAAAAAUGAAGAGCAGGAAGAAGGUUCCCCUGGUGACGCAGCAUAUUAUGACAAAGAUGCUGCUGAAGCCGAGGAGUACUUGGAUGACAAGUCCAACACCAAGCCAAAGCAGAAGUACAAGGAUGAAGACAAAGAUGUUGUUCCUCAAAGCAACUACAGCGUAGGGUUAGCUGUAGCUGAGGACGAUCAGCACAGUAAUCACAGUGGUCGAGGAAGAAGCGACGGCAAGGGCAGCGAUUUUGACUCCAGACGUUACCAGGAAGAUCAGCGCGAUCAAUAUCAUGGCAGUCGAGAUCGCCUUGACGAUCAGCGCGAUCAUUACAGAGGAAGUCGGGAUCGCCUUGACGAUCAACGUGAUACUUACAGAGGAAGUCGGGAUCGCCUUGACGAUCAACGUGAUACUUACAGAGGAAGUCGGGAUCGCCUCGACGAUCAACGUGAUACUUACAGAGGAAGUCGGGAUCGCCUCGACGAUCAACGUGAUACUUACAGAGGAAGUCGGGAUCGCCUUGACGAUCCACGUGAUCACUACCGAGGCAGUCGUGACCGCCUUGAUGAUAACCGCCAUGACCGCCAUGGUGGCAGUCGUGAUCACAUCGAUUACAUUGAUGAUGAUAGAAAUGGGUACAGAUAAUUCUUGUUACUGAAUGUUUUUUUUAAAGGCUUUAUAUGUGAUUUUUCACACUUAAAUAGAAAUCAAGUAUAUCCUCUGAAAAUAACUCUGUGAGUCAUGACUGUCUACAAUGGGUGUAACACUCGAGUCCCACUGUCUGUGAUGUUUUCAGAGUUUUCAGAGUCCUAUCUUCAGUUUGUUUACAUCGCCAGGACGGCCGGCUGACUCCUCCCCUCGAGUAUAAAAGUUGUUUAAUUGAGGGACUAGAGAAAAGAAGAAUAACAUACUGUACUCACUGCUUAACUUUUCAGGUAAAUUUACAUGCAGUGUGAAGAUACGAGCAUAAUAAAGAUCGCUAGCAUUAGCAUGCUAACACAACAAUGCAGCGCGAGUUGUUUUGGUUUCAUGCUGGUGCUCAAGGGCGACACCUGCUGGAUGAAAAAAAUCGCAUAUAAAGCCUUUAAUGCAUUUAAAAUAAUUCCCCCCUUCUCUGUUCACUUUUUAUAAUCAAAAAUUCUCUUAGUUUAAAAAAAACAAAACAAAAUGAAGGAUAAGAAUAAAUUGGGGGGGGGGGCUUUCUUUUAAGUAUGCCAGUCAAUCCAAUAAUGAAAUACUCUUAUGUAAAGUGCAGAGAAUGUUAUUUCUAAUACAUUUGUUGGUCUUUUUGAUUUAGAUUUAGCCUGAGCCAAACAUGCAAUCUGUUCACUUAACAUCAUCAGUAAUUUAACCUUUGAGGUAAAUUAUCUUCUGCUGUAAUUUUGGCAUCGUUGUGAAACAAUUUGGGAGGCAAAAACAGCAUCUACUUUUGUCACUCCCUCAUGUGAUUUUUUUAAAACUUUUUCUUUACUUUAACUUUCUUUUUUAUCUGUACUUUGUUUAGAAAAAGUAAAUGCCUCGGCUCUACCAGAGCUGCAUAGAAUAACAUCUAUUUCAAUACAGUCACGCGAGUGGAAAAAGUUUGUUUAGGUUAUUUCACUUUUGUUUUUGUAAGUGCCUUUGAAUCUUCCUUUACAUUAUGAUUUUUGUAAAAUCUUUGCAGCUUUUUUGUUCAUGUUCUGUGACUAAUGAAUCAUCUUGCAUGUUAGAUCUGAUUUUUUUUUUUACAAAGCCAAUCAAAUCAAGUUUAAUAAAUAAAACUGGUGAAACAU